ACACCGCCGCUUUUCCGCCUACUGACUGGUGACGUACCUGCGUCACUGGGCAGAAACGUCGCUGCUGGUCCAUCCCAGAGAGCGGGAAAAAGAGCCUUGGCAGGAUCCAACCGCUCGUCGAUGAAUUGAUGUGGGAAUACACGCUACCUCGGCUGCAUAGAUGGCAAACGCAAGUGAGUUUGCGGGGAGCAGCCCGUCCUUACAGAACUAUGCGUCCACGGCCUCUGCGGUCAAGCUGGCCUCCCUGGGUCUGAUCAUGGGCAUCAGCCUGCUGGGCAACGCGUCGCUGUCGCUGCUGCUGCUGAAGGACAGCUCGCUGCACAAGGCUCCCUACUAUUUCCUCCUGGACCUGUGCCUGGCAGACGUGGUCCGCUCCGCCGUGUGUUUCCCCUUCGUGAUGGCAUCCAUCAGCGGCGGCUCCGCGUGGCCCUACAGCGCGCUCAGCUGCAAGAUCGUCGCCUUCAUGUCGGUGCUCUUCUGCUUCCACGUCGCCUUCCUGCUCUUCUGCGUCAGCGUCACCCGGUACAUGGCGAUCGCCCACCACCGGUUCUACUACAAGCGGAUGAAUCUGUGUACGUGCGUGGCGGUCAUCUGCAUGGUGUGGACACUCUCCGUGGCCAUGGCUUUCCCACCGGUUUUCGACGUGGGCACCUACAAAUUCAUCCGUGAGGAGGAGCAGUGCAUCUUCGAGCACCGCUACGUGAAGGCGAACGACACCCUGGGCUUCAUGUUGAUGCUGGCCGUCAUCGUGGGCACGACCCAUGUGGUUUACAUAAAGAUGCUGUGCUUCGUCUACGACCAUCGCAAGAUGAAGCCGGCUCAGCUGGUCCCUGCCAUCAGCCAGAACUGGACCUUCCACGGGCCCGGAGCCACCGGGCAGGCCGCGGCCAACUGGAUCGCGGGCUUCGGCCGCGGACCCACCCCGCCGACGCUGGUGGGCAUCAGGCAGGCGUCGCACCUCGGCAACAGGAGGUUGCUGGUGCUGGACGAGUUUAAGAUGGAGAAACGGAUCGGGAAGAUGUACUACAUGAUCACACUGACCUUCCUCAUUAUGUGGGCUCCUUACAUAAGCGCCUGCUAUCUGAGAAUAUUUGUGCGCGGAGCUCCGGUCCCGCAGCUGCACCUGACCGCUGCGGUGUGGCUGAGCUUCGCCCAGGCGGGAGCGAACCCCAUCAUCAGCUUCCUGUUUAACAAGGAGCUCCGGAUGCGACUGAGAGCCUGUUUCCCCUGCUGCCUGGGAACACAGACACCCAUGGAGCCAUACUGUGUCAUCUGAACCGCAGUGGCCCCCCAGAAUACUGCCAAAGAUACAUUACAUCUUAAUUCAGAAUGUAGGCCUACACAGACUGGUCCCCAAAAUGUGUUUGUACCCCGAGACAAGCGUGCUGUGGAAGGUGAACCCACUUCAGUACAAUGUACACACAUUUUUAUUUGUGACAAAGGUUUUACCCAUUAUUUUAAUUUGACAGAAACUUGAAUAUGAUGUAAAGUCAUGUUAUAUUUAGACGUUAUUAGAAUCAGACCAAUAGACCAACCUAUAUGAAUCAUGUUAGGCGUAAGGGAUAGAAGCAUAAAGUGAUGCUUUUAUAGAAAUAUAAUGUGUUUGAGGUUGUCUAAGUGGGCAUCAUGGUUAAGCCACCUUUUAAUUUACACCUCUGCAUGUAGGCCUACUGUAGGAGACAUUCAUUCCAAAUAGGGUAUGGCUUCUAUCAGUUAUGUCCUAUAUUUGGAGACAUUUCUUAUGUCCUAUGGAGUAUCAACCUUUUUGGUCCACUACAAUAUUGUACAUGAAUGUCACUUGGGCUAUUUGUUUGUAUAUUUUGAAAUUGUAUCCCAGCACACCCAUUUGAGGUUGUUUACCUUUUGCAGUACUGAUGCCUGAAACACAACAGAACUAUAUUUAGAGUCAGUGUCUCUAGCAUCUAUGACACACUUGGUUUCUAAUUGUUUGGAUACCACAAAUGAGACACAGAUCUCAGUAUAUUUUUAAUGAGGACAAUGUCACAUUUGUAAAUACUGUAAAGCCCUUUUUCCCCUUUCCUUCUGCUUUUUGUAACCAGACAUGUUGUAUAAUUUAUAAUCUCUUAGGAUUCUAUGUGUUGAAAAGGUGUUGAAACUUUAAAGGUGUUUUGGAAAUUCAUAUUCAUGGGUCACUUGGGCUGUGCAAUGGAUGGAUUUACAUUGCCUGCAGGAUAUACAGAUAUUCUUUUUCUAAUGAUAUGGA